CGAAAUCAAACAUGUUGUCUUCUUAAUAUAAUGAAUCUUCCCAGGUACAAACCUCCUGGUAGGAAUACUGGUGUUUUCAGCAUGUACUGUGACAACCAGAGCUCAGGGGGGUGUCGAGCCCGUCGCAAUGGAACCAGCUAGCAGCAACGGCUCGGCCGAGCCAUUCAGUUCGGGCAAGCCUACAAACUGCUUCGUGGCACCCGAGGCCGGGCCCUGUCGCGGGAAGCUGUACCGGUACUACUUCCACUGGGGAGUGGGACAGUGUUACCGGUUCACGUACAGCGGAUGCGGCGGCACCGGAAACAACUUCCGAAGCAAACAGAGGUGCAUGAGGACCUGCUGGCCACUGAACUAUCACAUGUACUGCCGUACAGAAGUGGAGCAAGGGCCAUGCCAAUCCUGGUCGGUGCGCUACUACUUCAGCGCGGAGAAGAACCACUGCUUUCCCUUUUACUAUUCGGGCUGUGGAGGAAACUUGAACAACUUCCGUUCCGAACAGGAAUGCCGAGCCAUCUGCAUUGCGGAGUGAAAACAACGGAACUUGGCAUUCGGGCACUCGGCAACACUCCUAGAAGUGUCGUUCUCUGUGUUCUGUAAACAAGAAGUGAACUCGUAAUAAGCGUCUCCAACUCGUAUUUUGUGAUCUCCCCGAGUAUUUUUUCUUUAUUUUUCCAGACGCGCACGGGAGCAUACAAUUGUUCAUGUGUGCCGAAGGACUGCGCAAUAAACUGAAGGCGAAACAAUA